AUGGAGGUUCCUAGUAAACUACCCUUUACAAAGCGAAAGCUUCGGCCGCGUGUUGUGAUCUCCUAUAUCUUCGACUAUGUGAUCCUGAUCGCCUGCAUCGCCGGAUUUUGGAUCCUCGAUUCCCUCGAACCCUACCACCAACACUUCUCCCUUCGCAAUAUAUCCAUCCAAUAUCCCUAUGCCGUGAAAGAGCGAAUUACCAUCGAAGAAGCCCUAUUAAUUUCUGGCGUUUUCCCCCUUGUCCUCAUCAUCGUGUACACACUUUUCAUCGAUGGUCUCUUCUCACAUCACAAACAUGACGCGGCUUCUGGAAAGCGUAAGCUGCGUGGUCCCUGGCGGUGGAAGGAUCGUCUGUGGGAGAUGAACUGUGGUAUAUUGGGCCUAUUGCUCUCUCAGGGAGUCGCGUUUCUUAUUACACAGGUGCUGAAAACUGCGUGCGGUAAGCCGAGACCGGACCUGAUUGACCGGUGUCAGCCGCGCAUUGGAAGUGAGGAUAUCUUGCCGUAUGGAUUGUCAAACUCGACGAUUUGUACUGGGGAUGCAAAAUUGAUCAAGGACGGGUUUCGAUCGUGGCCGUCUGGUCACAGUAGUUCCUCAUUCGCCGGUCUUUUCUAUACUUCCCUAUGGCUGGGUGGAAAAUUUCACGUCAUGGACAGCCGAGGCGAGAGCUGGAAGACUCUGCUGAUCGUGGUGCCUACCCUUGCAGCAGCAUUGAUUGCCGUGUCCCGCAUUAUGGACGCAAGACAUCACCCAUUUGAUGUUAUCACCGGCAGUCUACUCGGCGUCGUCUGUGCCAUUGUCUCCUACCACCAAUACUUCCCUCCUCUCUCUGAAGCCUGGCGCAAAGGUCGCGCAUACCCAAUUCGUACUUGGGGUACAGAGCCAGCCGGAUUCACGACGUUGAAUGAUAGUAGCUCCGCGAUUCAUAAUUCUGAGGUGGAGCGAUUAGAGCCUUCCCCCAAUGAAUCUGUCACAAGGUCGAGACAUGGCAGUUCUGGCAACCCAUAUGUCCGCCGCGCACAUGAUCAUAGCCCCGACGGCAAUUGGUCUUCCAGCGAGGACGAUGUUGGAGACGCGUUCGAAAUGCAGCAGGGGUACACGACGGCGCGCAAUCCUGCCAUGAACCAGUAUCCACCUUACAACGCCGACACUACCUAUCAUCCCCAGGCUCCUGCUCCUGUGGGGGCCACCACAUACCAAGGUCGGACAUUAACCGAUAAUCCUGCACCUGUGGUCUAA